AAUAUCAGUCACGCCUCGGAUGGAUCUUUAGAGGAAUCGCAAACCCACAGGAAAAAAACAGCCCAUUUCCCAUCAUUUCCAUCGUCUACCGCGACAUGACAACAGGGAUUUAGAAUUACGUCUUUAAACAUCGACAUUUAGUUUGCUCCCAUCCAGGUCAUUCUGAGCGACACCAUGCCUGAACAAAGCAAUGAUUACCGGGUGGUUGUAUUUGGAGCUGGAGGAGUGGGCAAAAGCUCCUUGGUCCUGCGCUUCGUGAAGGGAACCUUUCGGGAGAGCUACAUCCCAACUGUGGAGGACACCUACCGGCAGGUGAUCAGCUGUGACAAGAGCAUCUGCACGCUGCAGAUCACAGACACCACGGGCAGUCACCAGUUUCCUGCCAUGCAGCGUCUGUCCAUCUCCAAAGGACACGCCUUCAUCCUAGUGUACUCCACCACCAGCAAACAGUCUCUGGAGGAGCUCAAGCCCAUCUUCGAGCAGAUCUGUCUGAUUAAGGGGGACAUCGAGAGCAUCCCAAUCAUGCUAGUGGGCAACAAGAACGACGAGGUGAGCGCUCGUGAAGUGGAGAGCAGUGACGGAGAGGCCAUGGCCAGGAGGUGGAAGUGUGCCUUCAUGGAGACGUCAGCUAAGACAAAUCACAACGUCAAGGAGCUGUUCCAAGAGCUGCUUAAUUUGGAGAAACGCAGGACUGUUAGCCUUCAGAUCGACGGCAAGAAGAGCAAGCAGCAGAAACGAGCCGAGAAGCUCAAAGGCAAAUGUGUGGUCAUGUGAAAAACCAAAACCAAAGUGUGCUUGGAAAAACCGAGAGGGUUUCAUGUUCACGAUGCUCUGGCUAACACUGUUUACACCUGAAACACGUUUACCUAGGUACACUUUUACAGGAACUAGGAUUCAGUGAGACUCCAGAAAUCGUGGUAAACUUUUCUUCUGUAGAACACAAAAGUAACAUUUUUGUAGAAUAUGCUGGCUGCUCUUUUACAUAUUACAAAGUAUACUAUAAAGUAGUUACUUCAGAAAUUCCAGCUCUUUCAAAUGUUUUCCUCUGGAGAAAUGCCUAAAGAAUUUAUGAAUUUAUAAUUUUAGUCACAUAACUUCUCUUGCUUGUCACCGGUGUGAUUGUGAUGCUGCUGCACCAGAUUUUAGUAACCAAUCUGUUUGCUGUACAUGACAAAAAAGACGGGCUGAUGUGCAUGAACCCAAUGACAGUACUGAUACCCUUUCUUUUACCAGUAAUAAUUGCAUAUGACAUUUUUUUUAAAGCAUAGAAGUCAGUCCUUACAGCACAGGCUUGGCUCCAGCAUAUUAAUGUACAGUAUAGCAGCAAAUCUAUCAUAUAUGGCAGUUCAUGAUCGCAUCUAUCAGCUGAAUGGGAACCUAUGUUAAGGCAUGCAGCCAGUGGUGGAGGUAGAAGUCAGCCAAAAUAAGCUAAAUGGUUGUUGCUGUGUUAGUUGUGCAAUUUAAUAUCAAAGAUUUAAGUAAGGCUGCUGUAUUUAAUUUUACUUCCAUAUGCGUUCGAUUUUAAUCUUAGGCUAUAGUUUUCUUCUUAGGCUUUUUUUUCUAUUAAUGUGCUUUUUGAAAAGGGAGUUGACUAUUUUCCUAGUACAGUAUUUGUAUCAAGGGAUAUUGUAGCAUGAACUAUUACGUAAACAUUAAUUAAUUGUAAAACUCAAAUGAAAAAUGCACUGCACUGCACUGCAAAAAAAUAAAAAAAUAAAACCUUGGUAUUCUUGUCGAUUUUGUAGUACAAACAUCUUGUUUUACCUUUUGAUUUCAAAUAGUUUUUCUUAUGCCACUGACAGAUGUUUGUACUACGCUUAAGUCAUUUUGCUUCUCAGGUAAAUGUAUCUUGAUUCAAGAUUAUUGAAAUAUUUGUAAUAGAAAACAAGAUAAAAAUAUAUAUAUAUUUUGUUUUUGCGCUGUGGCUGUUUCAUUUUUGAAUAUUAUAAACAAUAAUAUUAACCGCUGACAAAAUGACUAAUAAUUGGCAGUAGUGCUUUUUUUCGAGGGAACUAACAUGAGCUGUACAUGUGUUUACACAUAUUUAGUGAAAUAUCAGCAAGUGCUUUUGAGAGUGAUAUAUAUUUUGUAAUUAUAUAUUUUGAGCAUGACAGGUCUUGUAAUCGAGUUCAAGUGCUAUACUGUAUUGCAUCUCACUUGUCUGGUUAGAGUGAUGUAAACAGCUGUUUAUAGAGUACUGGAGACCGUUAAUGCCAUAUUUGACUCGAAUCUGUGCAAAUGUUGCUAAUGAUGCAUAUGUAGCUAUUAUGAAUGCUCAGUCCCAAAGCUUACAGUGGAUUUCUGUUAUACACUAGGAGAUCCGAUAUAUGAAAUGUAAUAUUGUUUUGAUGAAAUGCCUGUAUAAACAUCAUGUGUGCCUACAAGUUUUUAUGACUGUAUUAUAGGUCACAAGAAUAAAUAAUAUUAUGCA